CAAAAACUGCAAGUGAUCACAAUGGAAACAGCAAGAGCUACGAGGUCUUCUGAGCACAGGGUAGCGAAGAAGCCGAGGAAGAGUGUCGCUUGUCAGCGAUGCCAUUCACACAAAAUCAAAUGCGAUGGUCAAAAGCCUUGUAAGAAUUGCAAGGUGGCUGAUAACUCGAAGUGCGAUUAUCCUGUCAAAGAUAGGAAGACGACAGUCAGAGAAAGCUAUAUCAAUGACCUACUCAAGGAGAUUGAUCGUUUAAAGCAACAAGGUUCCACACCACAAAGCGACCAUCAAUUACAGAGCCAAAGCAAUACGCCGGAUCCCUCCGGUAACACGGAUUCCGGCAACCCGUUAGUACGAAACGAUGCCUGGUUUGUUCCACUUGAUGAAAGCCCAAUCUUCAUCGGAGAGGCAGCAUGCACUGCUUUCUCGUCGCGACUAAGACAACUUCUACUGCAUACGCAGGCAGAAAUCCAUAUCGCCAGGACACACUACGUCCAAGAUAGCCAAAUCGUGCAAGCAGCAGAUGAGAAUGCAUCAUGGCCAAGUCGACCUCAAGCAUACCUGCUUGUCGAGUCUGUGAUCGCAACUGUCGGACAAUGCUACCACAUUUCUUCUCUGUCAAGUGUGCGAGCCAUACUCGAAAAAGCAUAUACCGACCGAGCUUCUCUAAGCCAGAUGAAGCAAUGCAAACUUUUCGCCUUGUUCGCACUUGCCCAAGUCUACUCUCCUAGACUAGCCGAGUCGCAGGACUCGCACUUUCCAGGAUUACCGUAUUUUGCGAAAGCUAGAGCGCUACUUCCUGUUUUGCCGGAGCGUGCUACUGCCGAUCAUGUAGAGAUUCUGAUAUGUUUCACAAUUUACUGUUUAGCGAUGAACAGACGACACUCGGCAUAUUGGUACAUCGGGUCUGCAAUGCGACUCGCUAUGACCUUGGGACUACACCACAACAUUGCAGAAUCCCAAUUACCAGACCUUGCAGCAAGACAGAUGAGAGCACGUCUAUGGUGGACAGUCUACGCUCUAGAUCGCUUCAUCGCAAGUAAGAUCGGACAUUCUGCUUUCAUUCUGGAUGAUGACAUAGAAGUCAGUCCACCUUCUGAUGUCGGGCUCACUGAUGCACAGAAGGGUGAUGUGGUCAGUGCUGACUACCUCUGCGCAAGUAUGAGGUUAGCAAGUAUUGCUGGCGAAACAAUUUCAACACUGUACAGCCGGAAGAAGAGCGAUCGACCAUUCAUUCAGAAAGUACAGGCCAUUUUCAAAAGUCUUCGAGAUUGGUCGGCAACACUACCGGAGAAUGUGAGGAUGCAGCCAGAUAAACCUGCGAGCUGGCAUAUUGUUGCUUUGCAUCUCUCUUUCAAUCAGUGUGUCAUCCUUGCGACUCGACCAACCUUACUGCAAGUCUUCCAUGUCACGAAUCGUACAAAUCGAAGAGAUGAGAUCCCCCAAGCUACAUUCAUGCUGGCCGAGACUUGCGUACAUACAGCAAGACAUACCUGUCGCCUCCUCACUCAAGCUUGGACGGCACUUCCAGCCCUGGAUUACUCCUCGGCUCAGUAUCUUUAUGCUGCCGCAACUAUUCUUGCAGUGGCCAACCUCUGCGUUGGAUCUAAUGCAAUGGCCGACAAGGAGACAUUUCAAUCGGCACACCACCUCAUGAAGCAGCUCGAUCGUCUGGGUAACAUCGCCGCAAGAGAGUUCUGCCAGCAUCUAGAUGCUGUGCUUGAAUGCAUAUCCAGGUUCGAAGCUGAGAAGUCCGAGCAAUUGCUUGGGGUCACACCGCAAGAACUCUCAAACAUGGAUCCACUGCGGAUGGAUGAGAUGACGACCGAAAUGGCCAUCUUCCAGCCAAAUGUGCAGGACUUCUUGUCAUACGAUAAUACUGACUUGGAAGCUCUGUUUCCUUUCGACACGACGGACAUCUGGCCUUAUGUGUCGAUGCCAGAUUUUGAGCCGUGAUGUAGGCAGCUGGAAGCAAAAUACUGAAUAUGUGAAACGUCGUAUGCUGUAGUUUGAGGGUCGUUAGGCAUCGAUGGAGUAGUUCGAGCCCGAGUUCGUCAAUUAGUAGAAGGUAAACCUUGUCUGAUUUGAUAGAAAUGAAAAUGGUCGAGUCUCGAUAGUGU